CGGCUUCGUCACGUGACAGGUGGAAGGAAAGCUGUGUCCGGAGUGUUAUACAGCUCACGAGGAACUGACGGACACUGUUUGGACUGGACACCAUUGUGGACACGAGGACAAUGGUCGGAAUCGUUGUAUGGGCACUGGUGUCGACAUGCUUGACGGGGAUGGUGGACGCCCAAGGAGGAUUGCCGUCUCAGUCCAUGCAGCACCAGUGGCCCCAAGCAGCACCUGUUGGAGGUGAAGGUCACACUGCCUCACCCCCGGGGCAGCCAUCCUAUGGAGCCCCACCCCCAGAUCUCCCAGACAGCUUAGGCGGUCAGCCACCUAACAAUCCACAAAACCAAGGUGGUUGGCAAAGUGAGCAGAGCCGGGCGUGGCCGAAAUACCCUAAUAGUCCCAACCCUGGUGGCUGGGAUCCACCAUCCACUUCCACAGGAGGUGGUUCCAGGACGGGGUGGCAGCCACCCGCAGAUGCUCCUAGCCAGGGUGGGGGGAGGUGGCAGUCACCCCAUCACCACCAGAGCCCGCCAUGGCAACCACCACCAAAUAGUCCAAACCAAGUGUGGCAACCACCUCCUGACGGCCCUCCUCCAGGCUGGCAGCCAUCACCCGAUAAACCCCCGCAACCAUGGCAACCGCAGCCAGAUGCAUCAAGCCAGCAACUGCCUUCUGGUAAAUCCCCACAACCAUGGCAACCACCGCCUGAUGGUGCACCUCCGGGCUGGCAACCGCCUCCUGAUAAGCCACCUCAACCAUGGCAACCACCGCCUGAUGGUGCGCCUCCUGGCUGGCAACCGCCUCCUGAUAAGCCACCUCAACCAUGGCAACCACCGCCUGAUGGUGCGCCUCCUGGCUGGCAACCGCCUCCUGAUAAGCCACCUCAACCAUGGCAACCACCGCCUGAUGGUGCGCCUUCUGGCUGGCAACCGCCUCCUGAUAAACCACCUCAACCAUGGCAACCACCGCCUGAUGGUCCACCUCCUGGAUGGCAGCCACCGCCAGAUCAAAAUCUGCAACCAUGGCAACCACCGCCUGAUGGUGCGCCUUCUGGCUGGCAACCGCCUCCUGAUAAGCCACCGCAACCAUGGCAACCACCGCCUGAUGGUCCACCUCCUGGAUGGCAACCACCGCCUGAUGGUCCACCUCCGGGAUGGCAACCAGGGCCAGAUCAACCCCCGCAUCCAUGGCAAUCGCCGCAAGAUGGUCCACCACCAGGCUGGCACCCACCGCCAGAUGGCGCAAUAUCUGGCUGGCAACCACCGCCUGACAAACCCCCACCCGGAUGGGAGCCAUCCCCGAAUAGCCAGUCCGCGGGAGCCAACCAGCAACCGUCUCCCUACCAACAACCAGCUUUUCCGUAUUCUCAGUGGCAGCAAGUCAUACCGGGAGGGAUUGACCCAUCGUCAAUGCCGGAUCCAGCUGACCCGCCCGAUGUUCCUGCAGCCGCGCAGCCGUGGGGACAACAGAACGGACCGGCAUGGCAACAAGGCUCGCCUACAGCAGACCCUGCAGAUACUCCUGCCCAACCUGGCGGCGGGUCCCACUGGCAAGGAGGUUAUCCCGAUAUACCCAAUAACUUCUUCGCACCACCGUCAUCCAAUCAGGGCGGCCGGAAUUCGGCGCCCCCUGCUGGCGCUGUGAGGGACUACCCUAAUACCUACCCCAAUCAACCACAGCCACAACCGCAACCACAGCCACAACCACAGCAGCGACCACAGCCUCGACCACAACAACCACCACAGCAAGUCCGGCCUAAACCUCAACCCCAACCUCAGCCCAAACCGCAGCCUGCACAGAGACCACAGGUCCCCCGGCCUUAUCAACCACCCCAACAACCAUACCAGUCACAACCGCCUAACAACACCUUUGGUUAUAAUUCUUACAACAUGGCCCCUGCUGCACCCAUGCCCCGCCCCCCCCUCCUGGCCCCGCCUUCGUUGCCUGGCAGAAGACACAGCCGUGUGUGAUGAACCCAACCAUCCCCGACCUGUGUCGGUAUAAUGGAGAUGGACUACACGUGUACAGGUUGUUCGAUGUCAUUGAAAUUACGAAGACACUGCCCCGGGUCCCCAGCUGCUACGCGGGCAGCCCGAGGGCCGACUGUACCCAAACUCUUCAAGCCAUGCACCUAUGGAACAGAGA